AUGUACACUUACGGAAUAAUUUUGCUACUUGUGGCUGGCUUCUUAGUACCAUCGGUUUCAGCUAAAACUUGCAAACCAGACGAAAUCACUGUCUAUGGCGAGUGUGUUACAUACAGGACAGAACCCGGAACUUCUUGCGAAUCAUCAUUUCUAAACUGUCAAAAAGUUCCAAAUACGUACUGUAAUAACACUACAAAACUAUGUUCGUGUCGAUGGGGUUAUAUUCUAGACAACAAGAAAUGUCUCCCGGGUUUAGACAAUGAUUGUGAUGAUGCAGAACCAGAUAAAAAAUGUAAAACAGAUAAUUCAAAAUGUUCAGAUAAAAAAAAAUGCGUCUGUAAAGACGGUUACAUUCAGAAUAUGCGUGAUUGCGUGGAAAAAGCUACAGGAAUUGAUAGAGCAUGUUCUUCGGACCUUGCUUGUACACACUUGAACAAUACUCAUUGUUUUAAUGGUACAUGUCAGUGUAAGCCGGGUUUUGACAAAAUAGGAGACACAUGUACUGCGGGAUUAUACUCUCCAUGUGACACUAAAAAUAAAUGCAAAGGAGCCAAUCAAGAAUGUAAAGAUGACCAUUGUAUGUGCAAUGGAAAUUCCUUUGCAAAAGACCGUGAAUGCAAACCUUUCACAGCAGCUCUCGAGGGAGAAUGUGAUCAUUUCCGUGCUUGUGAAACUAUCGGCCAUGCGAUUUGUUUCAAUAAGCAUUGUCAAUGCAAUUGGAAUUAUUUUAAAGAUGAUGUUACGGGAAAAUGUGUUGGGGGCUUGUAUGCUAUGUGUAAAAGUGAUGAAUGUCAAUCACCGGCUUAUAAAUGUCACGAAGGAAAAUGUAUUUGCGCUGAUGGUUACCAGGAGUCCGUAGGUAAGUGUGUGGCAAUAAAGUGA